CUAGAUGAACAAUUGUUCAAGAUGACAGGGACAGGGACUGGGGACAGAACUUAUUUAAAUGCCGAUGUCUGCUCGCAGAACGAAUCACUCUGAUUGCUGUCGCUGUUGGAUUUACACGUCUGCUCUCCCCGUACCGUACCGAACUAAAUCAGAAUGUGUGACGAAGAAGCAUCAGCCCUGGUGGUCGACAAUGGCUCCGGCAUGUGCAAGGCUGGAUUCGCUGGAGACGACGCACCCCGUGCCGUGUUCCCCUCGAUCGUGGGUCGCCCCAGGCAUCAGGGUGUGAUGGUGGGCAUGGGCCAAAAGGAUUGCUACGUCGGCGACGAGGCCCAGAGCAAGCGCGGUAUCCUCUCCCUGAAGUACCCCAUCGAGCACGGCAUCAUCACCAACUGGGACGACAUGGAGAAGGUCUGGCAUCACACCUUCUACAACGAGCUGCGUGUAGCCCCCGAGGAGCACCCAGUCCUGCUGACUGAGGCCCCCCUGAACCCCAAGGCUAACCGCGAGAAAAUGACCCAGAUCAUGUUUGAGACCUUCAACUCCCCCGCCAUGUAUGUGGCCAUCCAGGCCGUGCUCUCCCUGUACGCCUCCGGCCGUACCACUGGUAUCGUCUUGGAUUCCGGUGAUGGUGUCUCUCACACCGUGCCCAUCUAUGAAGGUUACGCCCUGCCCCAUGCCAUCCUCCGUCUGGAUCUGGCUGGUCGCGACUUGACCGACUACCUGAUGAAGAUCCUCACCGAGCGCGGCUACUCGUUCACCACCACCGCUGAGCGUGAGAUCGUUCGCGACAUUAAGGAGAAGCUGUGCUACGUCGCCCUGGACUUUGAGCAGGAGAUGGCCACAGCAGCUGCCUCCACUUCCCUGGAGAAGUCCUAUGAGCUUCCCGAUGGCCAGGUCAUCACCAUUGGCAACGAGCGCUUCCGCACCCCAGAGGCCCUCUUCCAGCCUUCGUUCCUGGGAAUGGAGUCGUGCGGCAUCCACGAGACCGUCUACCAGUCCAUCAUGAAGUGCGACGUGGACAUCCGCAAGGAUCUGUAUGCCAACAAUGUGCUGUCGGGUGGUACCACCAUGUAUCCAGGUAUCGCUGAUCGUAUGCAGAAGGAGAUCACCGCCCUGGCUCCAUCGACCAUCAAGAUCAAGAUCAUUGCACCACCAGAGCGUAAAUACUCCGUAUGGAUCGGUGGCUCCAUCCUGGCCUCGCUGUCCACCUUCCAGCAGAUGUGGAUCUCGAAGCAGGAGUACGACGAGUCCGGCCCUGGAAUCGUUCACCGCAAGUGCUUCUAAGCUGUCCAGACAUUGCGGCAGCCCCACAACCCAUCCAACAUAUCUGCGG